UGGUACACAACAUCUGUACAGAACUGAAAAGAAAAAAAGAAGGCUGACUUACCAGAACCCUUGCAUUACAUCGAUAGACCUUUAUUUCCCAAAUGAUUUAUUGGGGGUUUUUCAAGAAUACAGAUAAAAGAAAAUCCUGAUAUCCUUUCAAAAUAAAUAACAUCUGUGGCCCCUCAUGACAAGUAAAGGUGGUAUAGAGAUGAAGCUUUCUUCACAUGAAAGAUAAUUGUUCUACAAAACAUGUUCCACUGAUAUAAAACAUUCAGAAAAUGUAUUACAUUUCUGUCCAGUUUCUGCAAAUAUGAGAAGUCUGUAAUACUAGUCAACAGGAAUUUUAUACGUAUUCCAAAGAAAAUGGAUAAUCAGAGAUGUAAUAAUUCAAGUUUCCCUCAAGAUUUUGACUGUUGUUCUCCUAUCAAAAAUCAAGACAAUACCAAUAUAGUGGUUGUUAUUAUUUAUAGUACUGUACUCAUUGGUGGAAUUAUAGGCUGCAUUUAUAUGAUGUUUUCCCUAUAUAACAACAGCUCCUUAUCUGUGACAACAAUAGCUAUCAUAAACCUUGUAGUGGUGCAUGUUCUCUUUCUCAUCACUGUACCAUUUCGCAUUUAUUAUUUUGUCACUUACAAAUGGGCAUUUGGAGUUUCAUUUUGCAAAAUAGCUAGUGGUGCAAUUCAUUGCCAUAUGUAUCUUGCUUUUUUAUUCUAUGUUUCAAUACUGGUCAUUAGAUACAUCAGUUAUUUUAAACGCAGAGACAAAGUUGCAUUUUAUAGAUUAUUACAUGCUGUACUGGCUAGCAGCUCUGUGUGGAUUGUAGCACUUAUCUGUGUAUUUCCUUUAUUCAUGUCUCAGUAUGGACGGCACAACAAUUACAAAGAGGAGGAAUGUUUUCAGUUUCACCAAGAACUAACCAAUGAAUAUGUAUCUGUUUUAAACUUCUUUGUUAUUGCUGUUAUGUUAGCUGUUAUUUUUGUGCUUUUUAUUGUACAGAUUGUUAUACUUGCCAGAGUUACGAAACAGCUGAAAGGUGCAUUCAUUGCCCGACAGGAAUUUUGGGUUCAGAUAAAAAGUCUGUCUUUUGUACUGGUCAUGCUAGUCUGCUUUGCUCCCUAUCACAUGUUUAGGAUUUAUUAUAUAAUGAAUAUCAGCAGCUGUUCACCAGACUUAAUUAACUACAAUGAAAUUUGUUUAGGUAUAACAAGCAUUUGCUGUUUUGAUUUGUUGACAUUCUUAGCCAAAAGUGGAGACAUUAGGUCAUUUUUCUUUUGUAAGGGAUGCAGAUCAAAAUAGAA